AUGCUGCAUUUGAGGGCUGAGAACGGCGGGCCAGGAACUAAUGUGGAAGUCAAUCAGUUCGUCAUGGAUGACGGCGUUCAGAUUGUGGCCUUGGACAGCAAAGCAUUUGAUGCAGCAUUUGGUGGCAAGAAGAUAUACAAAGACAUAGCCAAGGAGACGGCAGACUAUAUCAAGACCGGGACGUUAUCAGCCCGGCUACUCGACUUUGCCUCCUUCCUGCAACAGGAAGUCACGCACUUCUCGCCGACACACAUCAUCAGUAAUGAUGGCUUAUCCAUGAAGGCCACUUCUGCCCUGGAAAUGCCGAGUAUGAAUGUGUGCCGUAUUGGCAUUAUACAUACUGCCGAGCAGCUUCCUUUUGGUCCAUUUGCUGGUGGUGUGCCAGGUCACGCAAGUUCACCCCGCGAACUGGAACUCCUUCAAAUGCUUGACGGCAUCUGGAGCGUCUCCAACGCCCUCAAGCACUACGCUCUCGAUCACGGACAGCUACAGACGAGCUUUUUCGUGCAUCAUCCUUGGACGUACCUCGAGGAAAAGAAGCACCAAUUGCCGGUCCAUCUACGCAACUGGAACAAACAGUUCGUAGGUCUGAUCAAUCCCUGCGUGGUCAAGGGCUCGACGAUACUCGUUGCUCUCGCCAAAUCAUGCCCGCAGUAUGAUUUUCUGGUGUAUGAAAGCUGGGGUUACGAUGAUAAGAUUGCGAAAGAGCUGCAAGGGUUAAAGAACAUGACAAUCCGCCCCACAUGUACAGAUAUGGAAGUGGCUUGGCGCGAAAUCAAAGUGCUCCUCGUUCCCUCUCUCUGGUUUGAGGCCUGGGGAAUAGUGGUGAUCGAAGCCCACCUGCGCGGCAUUCCGGUCAUUUCAUCUACUGUAGGGGCACUUCCCGAGGCCAUGCUCGGGCUGGAGUACACUGUCCCUGUGAGUCCCAUCGGAGGAGAACGCGAUGAGCAAGGAGCAUAUAUCGUGCCUGAGCAAGACAUUGGGCCGUGGGUAGAGACUGUGGAUAAACUGAUGACUGACAGAUCCGAGUACUUGAGGCUUUCAUACAGAGUGCGCAACACGACAGAACAAUGGUUGAAGAAUAUUGACGAGAUGGCAUUAGAGAAUUGGUUACUGGAUUUGGUGGUCGAUGCGGACAAGCAUGGAAUGGUUUGA